GUUUGUUCCACUGUAAACACGGGCCACUGACAAGGCAGCGGUGAGAGAGUCCGACACUGAGUACAAGGAACUAAGUAGAGGCGCCGUCGCAGUUUGGAAAGGUACCGGCCUGAAUCUCAUUGUACUCACUCGCUGUGCGACUGGAGAAGAUGUGUGAUAAAAACAGUGGCAGAAGACUUCGCCAUUGGCUGAUAGAGCAAAUCAGUAGUGGAUUUUAUCCUGGACUUGUGUGGGAGGAUGAUGAAAAGUGCUUUUUCCGCAUUCCAUGGAAGCAUGCUGGGAAACAGGAUUACAACCAAGAAGUGGAUGCAUCUAUUUUUAAAGCAUGGGCAAUUUUUAAAGGGAAAUUUAAAGAGGGUGACAAAGCAGAACCAGCUACUUGGAAAACACGUCUUCGAUGUGCCCUAAAUAAAAGUCCUGAUUUUGAAGAGGUGGCGGACAGAUCACAGCUUGAUAUUUCUGAGCCCUAUAAGGUGUACAGGAUAGUCCCUGAAGAGGAACAGAAAUGUAAGAUAGUGGGAAGCAACUUGAGCGACUCCACAGAAAUGGAUUGCAGCUCUUCAGAAAUAGAGCCAUCCACUGAUGAUUACUUGACUAUUAUAAAACGGAGCCCUUCACCUGCAAAAGACACCUGCAAUAAACACUCGCUACAGGACUGGGAGGUCUAUCCUUACAAUCCAGCAGUGACAAUGAUGGACGGAUAUCCCAUUUAUGGUUCAGUUAGUCAUGUCUUCUCACGCAUGCUGAUUCAAUUUUACUAUGGUGGCAAGUUAGUAAAUCACGUAACGACUACACGUAUGGAUGGAUGCCGCAUUUCUGUUUCCCAGCAUCUUUCUGGAGGAGAAAACUUUGAGAACAUUUGCUUCCCACCUGCUGAAUCCAUCACAAGUGAGCGUCAAAGGCAGAUCACUAAGAAGCUUUUUGGCCAUCUGGAGAGAGGCGUCCUCUUGUUCAGUAACAAGCAAGGCAUUUACAUAAAGAGGCUGUGUCAAGGACGUGUGUUUUGGAGCGGGAACUGCAUGCAAUAUAAAGAUAGACCCACAAAGCUUGCAAGGGAUGAGAUGGUCAAGAUAUUUGAUACAAAUCAAUAUUUAAGAGAACUGCAGCUUUGUUACACCAACCAAGGACGCAUGCCAGAAAGCAAGGUCACGCUUUGCUUCGGAGAGGAGUUUCCGGACGCCAAUCCUGUGUAUCUCAAAUUAAUCAUUGUUCAGAUUGAACAGCUUGGUUUGAGACAGCUUACUGAUGAUGCUGCAAAGAGUUAUAGCCCCAGCAGUCUGCACGUGCUACAAGACCCUCAUAUGGAUCAAGUCCCUCACAUUCUCCCAGAUGUUUGUACACAUCAGAGAUCUUUUUAUAGAGAGAACCAACAGAUUACUGCCUAAUUCGCCAAAUAAUUUAGUAUCUUUUAACAUCAGAGGUUUUCUCCCCACACCUGGAUUAUACAACAUAGAUGCAACAUCAACUGUGAAUACAUGAACAGUGGACAGUGCAAAGCUGGCAAGCUGUCUGAACUUUUAAUGGAAUUAUAUAUAUAUAUAUAGCAUUGGUGCCUGUUCCCAAAAGGUAGCAUCUACUUGCACCUAUGGGAACUGAUUAAAAAAGAUAAUCAUUCCAAAAAAACAUGAUUGUUGUGGGCCCAAAAGCACAAUCAUCAGGAUCAUAUUUAAUAGAUUGACAACUAAAAGUAGCCAUUUUCCGUGAAUGUAGUAGGAAAAAAACAAUGCUUAAGCUUUAAAACUCUUCCUAGCUAAGUGUGGCUGUAUGAAUGAAUAUGUUCUUUUAAUACACACACACACAUAGAACUAUGGCUAUAAACCUCUUUGUGGUAUUUUAGGUAAAAAAUAGAAUUUAACAGGCUUGCUGCAUUUUCUGGCUUAUUAUUAGGGAAGCACCGAAUCCACUAUUUUGGAUUCGGCCGAACCCCCGAAUCCUUUGUGAAAGAUUUGGCCGAAUACCGAACCGAAGGGUAAAACAUUUUUUACGUC